UAACAAAAAAAUGUCAAAAAUUCGCCGUGAGGUUUUGCAGGCUUUUAAAAAAUUGCAUCGCACUAGACAAAAUGUAUUUGCCGGAGAUGAUCGGGCUUUGGCGGCGGGGCGUAAAGAAAUAAAUGAUAGAUUUAAAGCGAAUAUGAAAGAAACUGAUGAAGAUGCCAUGAAGAAGAUGCUGAAAUUGGCGGUAGAUGCGAACAGAGAGUUGCGCACCUCCGUUAUACAAGCUCAUGAAAAGGCAAGUGGUAUUUACGAACUGCGCAUACGAGAUGAAACCACUCGUUUAGAUAAUGUGCUCUUCAACCCAGAUGCUGUUAUAGAGCCCCCACGACGACGUGGAAAACGAGCUGAUGCGGGGGAAGACUGCCUCGCUGCCGCUAGCUCCAAAAAGCAAAAAUAGUCUCAGUUACAGAUUCCUUUUGGAAACUUCUAUUUAUUUUAAUAAAAGACAAAUUAGUUCGUUUAGGAAAUUUUAUUUCCGAUGUUUUUCGA